CUGUAACUCUUUUGCGCUGGUUAUCUCCCUUUAAUCGUCGCCAAAGCUUAGGUCAGAAAAUACGAGAUGGACGUGAUAUCCGAUGUAAAACUUGUUCCCUGCAUUGAAUCUAAAUACAUCCAUCCUAUUAGGAUGCAUUAUAAACAGAACAAUGAACAGAAAGCAUGGGACCUCAUCAAAGAGUAUGAUGAACUGGUAUGCAAAAGACAUGGGAUGCAAUGCGUGUACAUGAUAGUAUUGCCAUCCUUGUUUUCAACAGUACAAGACAAGUAUUUGUAUUUGUUAAGCAGUUCAGACCAGCUGUGUACUUGAACAACUGUGUGAGUAGCAAGGAUGACAGUGAAGCAGAAACAGUGGAUACAGAAAAGUAUCCUGGUGAGCUGGGGUUGACGAUAGAGCUCUGUGCAGGAAUCAUGGAUAAAAAUCAUAGCCCUCAAGAGAUGGCCCAAAUGGAGCUGCUUGAGGAGUGUGGUUACAAGGUCCCAAUAGACUCCAUUAAGAAGAUCACUUCUUUUAGGGCAGGAGUUGGGACUACAGGAUCAAAGCAGAUACUGUAUUAUGCAGAUGUGACAGAUGACAUGCGUGUUGGAACUGGAGGUGGGCUGGCUGAAGAAGGAGAGCUUAUUGAAGUGGUGGAAAUGGACAUUGAGCAAGGGAGAAAACUCAUUUAUGAUGAAACUGUUAAUCGCCCCUGUGGGUUGUUGUUUGGGUUACAAUGGUUUUUUGAUGUCAUAUGGAAACAGUAAAGCUCCAUAUGAAUCAAUAUUUGUAAUGUUAUGUCAAUUGCAGGUUUUGUUGUCACUUCAAAAUAAAAUAAGUGAAAAUAUUCACUGACAAUAUUCUUAGGCACUUGCCUUUAGGUUUUGACUGGUCCCUCAUUUCUUUGUUUUUUCGUAUUGUUUUGAUGUCAAUAGCUUUGAUUAUUGUGAUUUGAUUAGUAUAAAGCCUUUUUCUUAACUUUUGCAAAAGGGACCAAAACCUACAAAGGGACAGAAGUAAGCCAAAGCAAGUGUGCAAGUAAAGAAUUACCUCCCUUAGGAUUACGUACCUUUCCUCUUGCCUCCAGUUUUCUGUGCUGGACUUUGUUUAACUAACCAUUCUAUUCUUCUACUUUAAAAUUGUCAUAACGGCCAGUAUUUCAAUCAAUUUCAUAAUUAAGGUAAUGGAAUAUCCUAUUAAGCCUACUUCCUAACAUAAGGAUUUAUAUAAUUAUGUAUAGUAAUUUGAUCUUGCAAAUAAUAAAGAUGUCGAAUUUUUAAAAGUAUAUUGUAAAAAGUUAUUUUAAAGAGAAAUUUACUGGUUUUUUUCGAGCAUUGCGUUUGAAGUAAGAAUAAAGAACCAGGUCUUGUA